AUGUCAGAAACUGGAGCACAAAUCCUCUUGGGCAACAGAGAGUCAGAUGCAACAGAAGUGUCAGGAAAGGGCCCUGUGGAGGACAGCAAUCAGCAAAGUUGGCAAGACCUGGCGGUCAGUCAUGCGCGCAGGUCAGACAUCUACAGCAUCGAGCGAGAGAGCAAGACGUGCCACAAAUCAGCUCGCACCAUUUACGCAAAGCACAGUCUAGUCUCGGUCACGAUGCUCUGUUGCGCGGAUCGAAGCGGCUGGAUCUUUGA